AUGGAUCACCAAUCCCCGAUGACCGCUUCUCCUCAGCAGAUCAAUCAAGGUACAGGGAAGACAGCGGAAGCAAAUAUUGAGCGGAGUUAUGGGCCGCAGUAUCCGAAGAUACAUACGAGGCCGUAUGAUUACAAUAACGUGGGCGAAGUAUUUUCUUGGAAAUACGAAAACCGCCGUACCUUCCAAGAAAUCCUGCCAGGGGUUUUCCUCGGCCCCCUCUCCUCAACCCGCGACCUCCCCCUCCUCCAAUCUCACUCCAUAACCUCCCUCCUCGCAAUCCGCACCUCACAAACCGCCGCACACCUAAUACCACGUCCACAACAACACCAACUCUUCCGAUGUUCGUACAUCGACCUCGGAAGUGUCGAAGACGGACACGGAUGUAUCAAAUGGUUCCCAGUCUGUAAAGACAUGAUCGACGCAGAAUUACGAAGAGGCGGAAAAGUCCUCGUAUACGAUACCGACGGGAACACCCGCGCCGCAGCCUUCGUCUGCGCGUACGUAAUGGAAACACUUUCCCUCCCCUUCGCUGCCGCUGCGCAACUCGUGCAACAAAGACGAUUCAGCGUGGUCCUCGAUGACGCGAUCAAAUUCCAGUUACGAGAAUAUGAGCCGUUGUGGGAGGCGAGGAGGAUGAUUGCGGGACAUGAGUAUACGGAUACAGAGUUGUUUCGGACCAGUCGGAGGAGGAGAGUGGGGAGGUGGGAGAGUGAGGAGGAGACGGGGGAGAGGGACUUGGAGGAGGUGGGGAGGGCUGGGGAGGCGCCGUUUAGGGAUGCUCAGGAGGAGGGUGGUGGGGUGAACAUGGGAGCGGAAGAUAGGGAUGGUGAUAUGGAGAUGGAGAUGUGA